UUAAGUAAUUGAAAUAUAAUAAUGGAUGCUAUUCAGUGCGAUGAAGCUAUAUCCUUAACAAGUGGGAUCUCAAGCAGAAGCAAAGGAAGCAAAAGAUAUUGAUUUAAGACUCCAGGAGGUAAAAUGAUCUAUGCCUACGGAGGGAGCGAUACUGACUCCUAUAUGAUCCCUAACAGUGAAGGGGAUGAUGAAGGUGGUGACAACCAAUACUUUAGCAAUUCUGGUGGACAAGGCAGAGAGUAUAAUUUAAGGUAUCUUGAAAGCAAUAUUGACUUUCCUCCUGAACAUGACAUCAAUCCAAUUGAUAUGUAUGAGAUUAACAAAAGAAUAUUUACUAUAUUCAGCAUUAUCCUAAUCAUUUUGAAUACUCUGUGCAGCUAUGUUGCAUUGUCAACCACAAAAAGUGUACUUGCCAAUAUUAUGAUGACUUCUUCAGUAACUUCAGUGCCUUCCGGAUUUAUUGUGUUCAUAAACACCUGACUGGUUAUAGACAUCUUCAUCUCCUUAUCAAUCUUCAUCACAGGAAUGUUAUCAAUCAUCAGUAACAAAUCGAAGAUCUUCAAUGUGCUUUCAGGUUUGACCAUUGUCUCUAUGACCUCUGUGAUAUUCCUCUCAUAUGUGCACCAAGUCUACUUGUUGGCAUUCAUUCUGAGAAUUAUGUACUAUAUCUACACUAGAUAUGUGAUCUCCCUGCUGCACACAAUCUUGUUAGAGCCUUUACAGAGGCAGAUAGCUUAAUAUCCCUUCAUUCAAUAUUCUGAAUAAAA